UAUGAAUUUGUGAUUGUUAAACCUCCACUGAACUUCCCGCUUGUGGCGUGAACAACUCCUCAACGUACCUCUAACACUCUUCAGCCAAUCACAACGCUCCAUAAUCCCAAUUCUCAUCCAUCUCUUCCCAUGUGGCAUACCCUUCUCCACCCCUUUCCUCUUUUCUUUUCCAAUUUUCUUUUAAAAAUUAAUCUUGUCUUGUUCCUUGUUCUUUUUUGCGCUCCUCCACUCUCUUACUCUGCAAAACUCUCAACCUCUACUCACUUUCUCUCUCAUCAAACUCCAUGAAAAUCGACAUUCAAGCUUAGCUUUAAAAAUCAUCACUCUCUCUCUAUACUGUAAAACCAAUGGCACUUUCUCUCUCAGUAACCUCUCAUUCUCUUCUCGAGUUCACUCCUCUUAACCAGCACACAUUUCGUAGACUUCGAUUCUACUCUUCCUCUAAAAUCAGGACUUCUCUAAACCCCAAACCCUUGCGAUUUCGUCAAAUUAGAGCUGUCAGGGAGAAUACGAUCCCGCCGAAGGAAGAGAGAGAAGUUCCGGUGAUUAAUGGAGUCGAUAGCUUGAAACUGAACGGAAAUGGUUCGGUUGGGAGCUACUUGAAUGGUAAUGGCGGAGUGAAAGGGAGUGGGAAUGGAAGACUAGUUAAGUUUGUUGAUGGUGAUAGUGUGGUGGCGACAAAUGGUGUGGCGGGUGGAGUUUCUGAUGCGAAGGUUGCAGCGAUAGUGGCGGAGCAGACGAAGGCAGUGAAGAAGAAGUCAGUGGAGGAUAUUGGACAAGAAGAUGCUUGGUUUAAGCAAGGCGGACGGGAUCAAUUAGAGGUUUCUGUUGCGCCUGGAGGCCGCUGGAGCAGGUUUAAAACAUAUUCGACAAUACAAAGGACAUUGGAAAUUUGGGGAUUUGUUCUGACAUUUGUCUUUAGAGUUUGGUUGAGCAAUCAGAAGUUUUCAUAUAAAGGAGGGGUGACUGAAGAAAAGAAAAGGCUGAGGCGGAUAACUCUUGCUAAAUGGUUGAAGGAAAAUAUUUUGAGGCUAGGUCCAACGUUUAUCAAAAUCGGACAGCAGUUCUCCACGAGAGUAGAUAUACUUGCUCAAGAAUAUGUUGAUCAACUUUCAGAACUUCAGGAUCAAGUUCCUCCUUUUCCAUCAGAGACAGCCGUAUCUAUUGUUGAAGAGGAGCUUGGAGCUUCCAUAAGUGAUACCUUUGAGCGCUUUGAUUAUGAGCCCAUAGCAGCAGCAAGUCUUGGUCAGGUCCACCGAGCAAGAUUAAAAGGACAGGACGUAGUUGUUAAAGUGCAGAGGCCUGGGCUCAAGGAUCUCUUUGAUAUUGAUCUAAAAAAUCUGAGGGUGCUUGCGGAGUACCUUCAGAAGAUUGACCCGAAAUCAGAUGGUGCAAAGAGGGACUGGGUGGCAAUUUAUGAUGAGUGUGCUAGUGUAUUGUACCAGGAAAUUGACUACACCAAGGAAGCAGCUAAUGCAGAACUAUUUGCUAGCAAUUUCAGAAACAUGAGUUAUGUCAAGGUUCCUGGAAUUUUUUGGGAAUACACUACUCCACAGAUUUUGACCAUGGAGUAUGUCCCGGGGAUUAAGAUAAAUAGAAUUCAAGCCUUAGAUCAGUUGGGAGUUGAUCGCAAAAGGUUAAGUCGAUAUGCUGUUGAAUCUUAUUUGGAACAAAUACUUUCUCAUGGUUUCUUCCAUGCAGACCCACACCCCGGAAACAUUGCUGUUGAUGAUGUGAAUGGUGGAAGACUGAUUUUUUAUGACUUUGGAAUGAUGGGAAGUAUCAGUUCAAACAUUAGAGAGGGCUUGCUUGAGACGUUUUAUGGAGUUUAUGAGAAGGACCCAGACAAGGUCCUUCAAUCUAUGAUUCAAAUGGGCGUUCUAGUACCUACUGGAGAUAUGACUGCUGUGAGAAGAACCGCAAAAUUCUUCCUCGAUAGUUUUGAGGAACGUCUGGCAGCCCAAAGGAAAGAAAAGGAAAUGGAAGCAGCAGCAGAACUUGGAUUCAAAAAGCCAUUAAGCAAGGAGGAAAAACUUCAGAAGAAAAAGCAAAGGCUAGCUGCAAUUGGGGAAGAUUUAUUGGCAAUUGCUGCUGACCAACCUUUCAGAUUUCCGGCUACAUUCACGUUUGUUGUUAGAGCAUUCUCUGUUUUAGAUGGGAUUGGAAAGGGGCUUGACCCUCGAUUUGAUAUUACUGAGAUUGCCAAACCCUAUGCUCUAGAACUGCUCAAAUUUCGUGAAGCUGGUGUUGAAGUUCUUGUGAAGGAUUUCCGUAAGAGAUGGGACCGGCAAUCUCAAGCAUUUUACAACUUGUUUAGACAGGCAGAUAGAGUUGAGAAGCUUGCUGAAAUUAUUGAACGACUGGAAAAAGGAGACCUGAAGCUUCGUGUUCGAACUUUGGAGUCAGAGAGAGCUUUCCAGCGUGUAGCAGCUGUUCAGAAGACAAUAGGAAGUGCUGUAGUUGCUGGCACCUUAGUGAAUCUAGCCACACUUUUGCAUCUCCACUCAGUUCGGGUGCCUGCCAUCGCCGCUUAUGCUGUCUGUGCACUAUUUGGCCUUCAAGCUUUAUUUGGUGUUCUUAAGGUCAAAAAAUUAGACCAAAGAGAGAGAUUGGUUACCGGAACUGCUUGAGCAAAUGGUUGUGGUUAUGCACAUAUGCAUAUGCACCCUCAAUGAUCAUAACCAUCAUUGACAACAUGUUCCACAUUACAGGAUUCAGCUGGGCCAAUCUGGCCUUCUGAAUAGCUAAGCUGUUGCCAAGGGUGCUGAUUCUACAAUUGAAAACACUUUUUCUAAUGGAGUUACUCAGUGCUUUAAAUUAAAGCUUCUUGACAGAUUCAUAAAGACAUACGAGUAGACCGGACUUGUUAUGGUCCAACUACACACACACCAAUUUGUCAGGUAGAUAGCGGGUAGGUCACAUAAUCCAUUGUCAACUUUUAGAAGUAACCACCCCAAGUUCAGCUUUGAAGGUUGGUUCUAAUCUGCACUGUCAACCAUUUACAUCAUGUUCGCUAUCCUACAUGCUAGGUAGACUGCAAAAUUUUUGCCCCCUUUAAUGGUCGACGUAUAUAUUGUAUAAAUUGGUGUUGUAAAAAUAUGUACUAGCUAUGUGCACUAACUGUAAAGUAGAGAGGGUACUUCAUUCUUGAGUUUGCGGCAAAUAAUACUGUACUAUACCUGUGUUGUAUAUCAGUUUCGCUUGUAGAACUCCUGCUCUUGUUCAUAUAGCCAAUAUACUGUAUUGCAGGCUGAAAAUCUUGUAAAUUAAAUACGAAUACAAUUAAGAUUUGAAUUAGCUAUAUGAAUUCGUAAUGGAUAACAAAA